AUGUAUAAAAAGGGACGAUACAGUAGCCUCCUCAGUUGAGUUCGUAAGUAAGUCGAUAUAUCUCAAUUUAAUUUGCGAAGAUGAUGAAGUUAAUUAUUCUGCUCACUGUGACCAUCGCCCAGCAGGUUUAUUGCGGUGAAACUGAACCGUUCAUCGUUGGUGGAAACUAUGCUAGACCUGAUCAAUUUCCUCAUCAAGUUUCCCUUCAAGUGAAUGGCCAGCAAUUUUGCGGUGGUAGCAUCAUUGAUGCUACGCAUAUCACCACUGCCGCUCAUUGCGUAGAUGACUCUCAGUACACGAAAAAUAUGAUGGUUGUAACUGGAACCAACGUGAUAAUUCUCAAUUCAAAAAUGGAUGAAUUGGCGGGAUAUGUCUAUGGUCCACAAAUAGUGUGA